CACAUGUAAGAUAGAGGAAGAUGAGCACGGAUGUUAGCUCAGGGCCAACCUUCCUCAAAAAAAAACAUUCAGACCCUGUUUCUCCCUUUUUCCAAAGUCUUCCUAUUCCUCCUAGAAUAAAAAUUUUAAACAAAAAGGAAACUUAAAUAACAGAAGUUCUACCACUCACUUUAUUCCUGGUACCUCUUUUAAGACUCAGAGCAGUUAUUUGAUGGAGAGAUUUUUAUCGACAUUUUAUAUCUAUGGAAACUGAGAUUAAAGAAAAAACUAAUUGGUCAAUAUCUCUCAAAUGGCCAGUCUGCAAUGGAAACCCAUGUUUGGAUGACUCUGAAAAACAAUUUCCACCCUCUUCUCCAUAAUUGUUACCCAAACUCUACUAAGAGGGUGUGGGAAAACUUAAAAUUAUCUUUUCAGAAUUCUCUUUAUUCAAUGGGCUCAUCCCUCAACUAUCCGGUGGACAAGUAUUGUCUGUGUUUUCUUCUAGAAAUCUUAGGACCUAUGGCUUAUCUCUCAGGAAGUGGCCACAUAACGGAUGGACAAGAGAAGUCAGUUGUUUGUACCGUGUCUUCAAAUUACAUGCUUUAUGCCUGGGAUGUGCAGGAGGUAGGUGAUUCUGAAGGUGACAUCUACACAUUAACAGUCCCUGGGUUAAGAAUUUCUCAAUUUAAUGCAUUCAAAUAUAAUGUUGAUGUUCUACACUACUCCCCUGCCGAAAAAUGGAUCUUUGAAUCUACACAUCAACAUCACUUGCCAAAGGUAUUUUCUACUGCAUGCUGACUGUGACUGUCAGAAGGCAAACCCCUCCGUCUCUCUCCCAUUCAUCGUGCUGCAGAGCCUGC